AUGGCACGUCCAGCUAAAAUCAGAAGGGAAGUCUCAUGGACUUCUAUUUCUUUGGAAAAAGAGAAGUCUCUGUCAGAUUAUCCUGAAGAGCUAAUCUUGAAUAUUCUCGUUCGCCUUCCAGCUGCAUCUCUUAAUGACCUAAGGCGUGUAUGCAAGAACUGGUUAGACAUAAUCUCUAGUUCUUAUUUCAUACAGUGCCACCUCGCUCGAGUCCAUCCGUACCUCAUCGAAAUAACAACACUUUGGAAUAGUCGGAUUCGUGAUCCGAUUCGUUCGGUGGAUGUAAUAGAUUCUGAAAUAAGGGUGCGAAAUCUGGUUAUAGGUUGUGAUGGGAAGAUCUUAACUACCUGUAACGGAUUGCUUUUGAUAGAAGCCUAUCCCCUAGACGGCAUUUGUAUCUCCAAUCCAGCUACCAAGCAAUUGCUACGGCUUCCAAUAUGUUCUAAAUCUCCGUUUGACGGCUACAAUCUUCCACGUGCGCAACUUCGACUUGACUUUUAUAGGUUUGGAUACGCUCCUUCCACUAGGGAAUAUAAAGUCGUUCACUUCUUCCACGAUGGUUUCCAUCAGUUGUGUGAGAUACUAACCUUAGGUUCGGAUUCAUGGAGAAGGAUUGAUAUCUCAUUUCUCGUUUUGCCAUUCAUAUUCAGUGAGCAACUAUCGCUGAAUGGGGUUUUGCCAUUGAUAUUCACUGAGCAACUAUCGCUAAAUGGGGUUUUGCACUGGGUGGUUGGUUAUCAUUAUAUAAUGUCUAUGGAUGUUGCCCAAGAGACGUUUCAUCAAACACUAAUUCCAAGUUGCAUUAGGCCAAAUUACGAUACAUUUGACAUGUAUGAAACUUUUUAUCUUAAGGAUAUUAGAGGCUCUCCAUCUCUCAUUAACAGAAUCUCUGAUGUUGAAUUUGAGGUUUGGAUCUUGAAGGACUUUCAACUAAAAGAGUGGAUAAAUUUGCGGAAUAUCGACGAGACUGCAAGAGGCUUAAUUAAUCUUAUUCCUCUUCCUAGCUUGAGAAACGACGAGGUUAUGUUCCAAUCUCAUGAAAAGAGAAGCGGGCACUUGGUCUUGUCCACCUACGAUUUAAAACUCCAGACGAUGAUUCAGGUCAAAUUAUAUCCAGAAGACCUUCAGAUUUUAUCUAUGAUUAGUCACUUCGACACCCUAGUUUCUUUGAAGCUUCAAAAAUAA